GCGCGCGUGCUGCGCAUGCGCAACGGCAACGCGCCUCCCCCCCGCCCGUGCGGGUUUUUCUCCGGCCAGUUGCGCGUGGGCUGUAGUCAGGGGUGGGCGUUGCAAAGGGGUGUUUGCUUAGGCACCGGCCCUUGCCGGUGCGGAGUUCCGGUUCUAGGUGGUGGACGAGAUGCAGACCCUCUACUUAGGGUAAAUGGGUCAACGUGUGGGCUGCUAAGGGCAGGCUGGGGAGUACGGGGGCCGGUACCGCGGCCAUGAACUCACCCGUGGACCCUAGCGCUAGGCAGGCGCUGAAGAAGAAGCCUCCCGAGCGGACCCCCGAGGACUUAAAUACUAUUUAUUCUUACCUUCAUGGAAUGGAAAUAUUAUCAAAUCUCAGGGAACAUCAGCUUAGACUAAUGUCUGCAAGAGCACGCUAUGAAAGAUACAGUGGCAAUCAGAUUCUUUUUUGUUCAGAAACCAUUGCCAGAUGUUGGUAUAUUCUGCUUUCUGGAUCUGUGCUUAUGAAAGACUCCAUGGUCUUGCCUCCCUGCAGUUUUGGUAAGCAGUUUGGAGGAAAAAGAGGAUGUGAUUGUCUUGUAUUAGAGCCUUCAGAAAUGAUUGUGGUAGAGAAUUCCAAAGACAAUGAAGAAAGUAUUCUAUACAGAGAAAUUCCUGCCAGACAGUCUCGACGAAGAUUUCGGAAAAUUAAUUAUAAAGGAGAACGCCAAACCAUCACUGAUGACGUGGACAAUAAUAGCUAUCUUUCGCUUCCAGCCGAUCUUACCAAGAUGCACCUAACAGACAAUCCUCAUCCACGGGUGACUCAUGUAACUUCUAGUCAGUCUGGUUGUAGCAUCGCCAGUGACUCUGGGAGUAGCAGUCUAUCUGACAUCUAUCAGGCUACAGAGAGUGAGGUAGGAGAUGUAGAUUUGACACGUCUUCCAGAAGGACCUGUUGAUUCUGAAGAUGAAGAAGAGGAGGAUGAAGAGAUUGAUCGAACAGAUCCAUUGCAGGGGCGAGAUCUUGUUCGAGAGUGUCUUGAAAAAGAACCUGCAGACAAAACUGAUGAUGACAUUGAACAAUUGCUGGAGUUUAUGCAUCAACUCCCUGCCUUUGCAAACAUGACCAUGUCUGUAAGGAGAGAACUCUGUUCUGUGAUGAUUUUUGAAGUGGUAGAGCAGGCUGGAGCUAUCAUUCGUGAAGAUGGGGAAGAGCUUGACUCAUGGUAUGUUAUUUUAAACGGCACUGUAGAAAUCACUUAUCCAGAUGGAAAAAUUGAAAAUCUCUUUAUGGGAAAUAGUUUUGGAAUUACUCCCACACUGGAUAAACAAUACAUGCAUGGAGUUGUCAGGACUAAAGUAGAUGACUGUCAGUUUGUCUGCAUAGCCCAGCAGGACUAUUGGAGAAUUUUAAAUCAUGUGGAAAAAAAUACCCAUAAAGUUGAAGAAGAGGGAGAAAUUGUUAUGGUGCAUGAGCACCGAGAACUAGACCGGAGUGGAACAAGGAAAGGACACAUUGUAAUCAAGGCAACACCUGAACGUCUCAUCAUGCAUUUAAUAGAAGAACAUUCCAUUGUAGACCCCACUUAUAUAGAAGAUUUCCUGUUAACUUACAGGACAUUUCUUGAAAGUCCUUUGGAUGUUGGAAUCAAACUAUUAGAAUGGUUUAAAAUUGACAGCUUAAGAGAUAAGGUGACGCGGAUCAUAUUGUUAUGGGUAAAUAAUCAUUUUAAUGAUUUUGAAGGUGAUCCUGCUAUGACUCGAUUUCUGGAAGAAUUUGAAAAAAAUCUGGAAGAUACAAAAAUGAAUGGUCAUCUGCGGUUGUUGAAUAUUGCCUGUGCUGCAAAGGCAAAGUGGAGACAGAUUGUGUUGCAAAAGGCUUCCCGGGAGUCCCCUCUGCAUUUCAGCCUUGAUGGAGGAAGUGAGAAGGGAUUUGGUAUUUUUGUGGAGGGAGUAGAAUCUGGCAGCAAAGCUGCUGAUGCAGGACUGAAACGUGGUGAUCAGAUAAUGGAAGUAAACGGACAAAAUUUUGAGAACAUUACAUUUGUGAAGGCACUUGAAAUUUUGAGGAAUAAUACUCAUCUUGCACUUACUGUAAAGACUAACAUUUUUGUAUUCAAAGAAUUACUUGGUAGGACUGAACAAGACAAAGCUGGUAUUCCGCAUAUUCCCAAAAUUGCUGAGAAAAAAAGUAAUCGCCAUUCAAUCCAGGAUGUACCAGGAGAUAUUGAACAAACAUCACAGGAGAAAGGAAAUAAGAAAGUUAAAGCAAAUACUGUUUCAGGUGGAAGAAACAAAAUCAGAAAAAUUUUGGAUAAAACUCGAUUUAGUAUCUUGCCUCCAAAACUAUUUAGUGACGGAGGACUCAGCCAAUCACAAGACGACAGCAUUGUGGGAACGAGGCACUGUAGGCACAGUCUGGCUAUAAUGCCUAUUCCUGGAACACUCUCGUCCAGCAGCCCAGAUCUCCUUCAGCCUACCACUAGCAUGUUGGAUUUUUCUAAUCCUUCAGAUAUUCCUGAUCAAGUUAUAAGAGUUUUCAAAGCAGAUCAACAAAGUUGCUACAUUAUCAUCAGUAAAGACACAACAGCUAAAGAAGUAGUUUGUCAUGCUGUUCAUGAAUUUGGUUUGAGUGGUGCAUCUGACACAUAUUCUCUCUGUGAAGUUUCUGUUACUCCUGAGGGUGUCAUAAAACAGAGAAGACUUCCAGACCAGUUCUCCAAGUUAGCUGAUAGAAUUCAACUCAAUGGAAGGUACUACUUAAAAAAUAACAUGGAAACAGAAACCUUAUGUUCAGAUGAAGAUGCUCAAGAGCUAGUUAAAGAAAGCCAGCUAUCCAUGCUGCAGCUCAGUACCAUUGAGAUUGCCACCCAGCUGUCAAUGCGAGACUUUGAUUUGUUUCGAAAUAUCGAACCUACUGAAUAUAUUGAUGACCUUUUUAAAUUAGAUUCUAUAACAGGAAAUACUCACCUGAAAGAGUUUGAGGACAUUGUAAACCAAGAAACAUUCUGGGUUGCCUCAGAGAUUUUAACCGAAUCAAAUCAGCUCAAACGAAUGAAGAUUAUUAAACAUUUUAUUAAAGUUGCACUUCACUGUCGCGAAUGUAAGAACUUCAAUUCCAUGUUUGCAAUAGUAAGUGGCUUGAAUCUGGCACCUGUAGCACGACUAAAAGGUACUUGGGAAAAGUUACCAAGCAAGUAUGAGAAACAUCUUCAAGAUCUACAAGAUCUUUUUGAUCCAUCUAGAAACAUGGCAAAGUAUAGAAAUAUUCUUAGUAGUCAAAGCAUGCAGCCUCCAAUUAUUCCACUCUUCCCUGUUGUCAAGAAGGACAUGACAUUUCUACACGAAGGAAAUGACUCCAAAGUAGAUGGUUUAGUAAACUUUGAGAAGCUAAGAAUGAUUGCUAAGGAAAUCCGUCAAGUUGUUCGAAUGACUUCUGCUAACAUGGACCCAGCUAUGAUGUUCCGACAGAGGAAGAAGAGGUGGCGGAGUCUGGGGUCAUUGAGUCAAGGCAGCACAAACUCAAACAUGCUGGAUGUUCAAGGAGUUGCUCACAAAAAAAGGGCACGCCGCAGCUCCCUUCUUAAUGCCAAGAAGCUCUAUGAGGAUGCCCAAAUGGCAAGGAAAGUGAAGCAAUAUCUUUCUAGUUUGAAUGUAGAGACAGAUGAGGAAAAAUUCCAGACGAUGUCAUUGCAGUGGGAGCCUGCGUAUGGCACCUUGACCAAGAAUAUAAAUGAGAAAAGAUCAGCCAGAUCAUCAGAAAUGUCUCCAGUGCCUAUGAGGUCAGCUGGCCAAACAGCCAAAGCCUGUUUGCAUCAGCCCCACAGAGUAAGCCAGGUGCUUCAGGUGCCUGCUGUUAAUUUGCACCCCAUCAGGAAGAAGGGCCAAGCAAAAGACCCUGCCACAUUGAGUACAGGUGUACCUCAGAAAGUUUUAGGAACGACUGAAGAAAUAAGUGGUAAGAAACAUACAGAAGACACUAUUUCUGUGGCAUCAUCUUUACAUUCUAGUCCUCCUGCAUCUCCUCAGGGUUCACCCCGCAAAGGUUAUACACUUACACCGUCAGCUAAAUCUGACAACUUAUCUGACUCCAGUCAUAGCGAGAUUUCUUCACGGUCCAGCAUCGUGAGCAAUUGUUCCGUUGACUCCAUGUCUGCAGCUCUACAGGAUGAGCGGUGUUCCUCCCAAACUCUGGCAGUCUCUGAAUCCACGGGGACAUUGGAAAAGACAGAGCACCACCCCUCAGGGACAGGAGACCACAGUCAGUUUGGCCCUGGUUGGACACUCUCAAAGUCAUCUCUAAUCAAGGGUUUAGCUGUCUCAUCGUCUAUGAGCAAUGAAGAGAUUUCUCAUGAGCAUAUCAUUAUAGAAGCAGCUGACAGUGGUCGUGGAAGUUGGACUUCCUGCUCAAGCAGCUCCCAUGACAAUUUCCAAAGCCUUCCAAACCCAAAAAGCUGGGAUUUUUUGAACUCUUAUCGACAUACCCAUUUGGAUGGCCCUAUUGCUGAAGUUGAACCCAACGACUUUGAGCCCUACCGCUGUACAAAAGGCUGCUCUAGAACUUGUGGUCCAUGUAAGGGAAGCCUCGAGACGAGUCAGCUGAGACAGAGCUGGGCCUCCUCCAGUUCUCUGUCUGACACAUUUGAACCAAACUAUGGAACAGUUAAACGGAAACUGUUGGAGAGCACCCCAGCUGAGACAUCUGAAGGGUCAGAACUCAAGGAUGGCGCUGGCCCAAUUUAUAAAACUGUCACAUCAAGUACAGAAAAGGGAUUGAUUGUGUACUGUGUCACGUCACCCAAGAAGGAGGAUAGGUAUAGGGAGCCACCUCCUACUCCACCAGGAUACAUGGGGAUUUCUUUAGCGGACCUAAAGGAAGGACCCUACCCGCACCUAAAACCUCCAGAUUAUAGUGUGGCAGUGCAGAGGUCAAAGAUGAUGCAUAACAGCCUCACUAGACUGCCACCAGCUUCUCUCGGUAGCAACCCUGUGGCCUGUGUUCCAUCGAAGAUUGUAACUCAGCCUCAAAGGCAUACUUUGCAGCCAUCCCAUCUUAAACUAGGAGAUGUGACUGACGCAGAUAGCGAAGCAGAUGAGGAUGAACAGGUUUCAGCAGUCUAGCCAUUGGAUGACCCAUUGGAAGACCACUGAAAGUCAUGGAGAAAUGGGCACAACCGCCUCAUGAUUCUGCAGGCCAUUGCCAACAAACAGCUCGCUGCUACUACUAACCCAGAAGUUUCAUUGUUUGUAUUCUAAGCAAUGAGAUAGAUCUGAGUUAUGCUUCCUUUUCAUUUAUUCCCUGCAGAUACAUAGAGGUUUCUCAGUUAUGAAUGCUGUGCCAGGAUUUCACUGUCUACUUUGCACUUCAGACCUGCCUUGGGACCACAGUUAGAGGAACAGAUUCAAACUCAGAGUCAUCCUCAUGCAUAUCAUUGUAGAUUUUCCUUUAACAAGUUAUUUUUAAGAUAGUGGUAUUAUUAUUCUUAUUUCCAUGCUUUCUCUUGAGCUAAUGGACAACUUCAAAAGGUCUGCCAAUACUAAGGAUAUUCUUUGUAUUUGAAAAGUAACUUAUUAUUUGAAGUUUUGUGGUUUUGUUUGCUUUUGAGAGCUCUAGUUAGGUAAUAUGUGUAUUUGAGGCCAUCAAACUGUCUCUGGACUGACCAAACAGAAUUUGUCUUUACAGAGAUAAUAAGCUGUGACCUGAUGUAUUGCACCAGUGCAAUGUAGGAUCUCAGUUUGAGUGGAAUAGGAAACCUUUUGAAGUUGAGGUGUUAGGGAGGAAAAUACUGCCAUCUCCUGGUCACAGUUUGGAAGGCCAAAUGAAUCUGUCAUGGGUUUCCUGGCAGUCCUUUGGGAAAGGGGGGUGGAAUUGGGGUGAGUAGGAGCCCUAAUUUCCAAAGAUUGAAAUUUUGAUGUUAAAUGAUGUGUAUACAAAUUCUACGUGAAGUAAAAGUCAUGCUGCAUCUAAUUUUAACUAGAAGUAUAAGUCCAGUAAAUAGAGAAUGGGUUCUGGAGUUGUUAUUCUACUCUGUAGAAACCCAAAACUGAAAUUUUUCACAACUCAAAAAUGGAGUUCUUUUUCUAAAGGAAGUUUAGUCACAGUGAGAUGUGAUAACCACAAAGAUGAAUUUUUUUUUAUGAAGUAUUCUGCAACAUACCACCUCCACAUCUCACAGUACCAGGCUAUGUACAAUUUUGGCAAAUCCUGCAGCUCUCAGCUGCCCACCAAGCUACAUAAUUGUUUGAAAUUUUUGUGGAAAAACGAGGAGCUAGAAUUUUAGAAAUGAUUGGCCCUCGAUUCUCAGUUUAGCCCUUGAGGGCAUACCUUAAUGGCCUAUUGGAUGUGGAUCUUUUAAUUUAAGUAUUUAAUUGAGAUUUCAGUGACUCUUGAUGGGCUAGAUUUUUCACAUUUUUACAAAUAAAAUAUAAUGUUUUCUGUAUCUUAAGUUUAAAGUUUUUCAUUUUUUGUUUUGUUUUUAGUGUAAAGGCAAGUGAAAUGUUAAUAAAUUUAUGUGACUACCAAAAAAGAAAAAAAAAAAGCCAAAGCCAUUAAUAUGCACUACCAGAUGAACUUGGAGCCAAAAUGGGUUUACUUCUGAAUGUUUGUCCAUAUGACACCAUAUAGGAUUUGGUUGGUUCAUGACUUUCCAUUAAGGAGUUCCCUUUUUUUCCCUAACUCUCUCUUUCCUCUCCUUCUCUGCGCCCCUACCUACUCCUUCAUUUUAAGAUCAUAAAUCAGUUCAAAGUGGUAAAUGGUAGUAGUUCAUUUUUUCAAUCAAAACGGUUGUUUUUUUCAUUUUAGGAAAAAGGGCAUGUCUGAAAAAUCCUCCUGGAAAAAAAAAGGACAACAUUAAUCAGAAACUUAAGCCUUAAACAUUAACCCAGGUAUGUUAGAAUGAGGCUAGGUGGCUCCAUAGCUUCCUCAGUCCAUUGAAAUGGAAAGUAGCAUGGAUCAUAAAUCCUGGUUUGAAAGUUACACUGUAGUGGUUUGGCCUACAAACAGUGGUCCUCUGAUCACAAAGCUUUGUCUUUUAACUGAAAGUAAAACUUUUUUCUCACCGAUUGUAUAAUAUUGUUUUCACAUCCUUAGCAAAACAAAGACAGUGAACAAUAUUUUUGCUAUAACCACUUUUUUUUAAUCAAGUUUGGGUAUCUAUUUUCACCAUUUUAUAUCCAUUACUCCAGAAGAAUGUGCUAAUUGCACAGUAUCUGUUUAUUUAGCAGGUCUUUCAAAUCAUUUGAAAGUUGUAAUUACCCUUCUUUGUCCAUCAUGGGGUAAAUAAUAUCUUGCACAGAGUUGAGGCCUGUGGUUUUGAACUUGCACCUUGAAGCUGCCUUGUUUUAUCUAGCUUUAACUGUGUGUGUUUGGAUCAGCUGAUCACAUUGAUCAGUAACUAAAGCCAAAUGUUUUGUAGUUUGACAUGUAUGUAUCCCUUAAAAAAUCAUGAGGUUUUGAUUUUUAUAUUAUUUUACCUUCGGGUACAUUCCUUCCUUCUCGUUUGCCACAUGACUAGAACAAGAGAAGCCCUAAACUAUACUCUCUCCAACUCCAACUCCCUCAUUUGUUUUUUGUUUUUUUGGUGGUGGUGGGUUUUUUGUUGUUGUUGUUUAUAAAUUUCUAAUGUUAAUGGAAAGUCUCUUAUCCUCUCAUCUCACCGCAACUCUGAAAUCUACCAGGACUGUUGAACAAGUAAACACUCAAUGCAAACUUUUGCCAAAUAAUUUUCAACAAAACAAUCUUUUUAUAAUGAAAGAUUUGGAGAAGUAGUAAAUCCAUUACAUUCUUUCAUAAAAGUUUACUGUAAAUAAUAGAUUCUGAUUUCCUCCAAAUGAUUAAUUUCAUAAUGAUCUUUGGUAGGAAAAGGCCUUUAAUAGAUUCUAGUGAGGUUGAUAAGUCACAUCAUUGUCAUUUGAAGCACCUGCUUGAGAAUCUCUCCCAGGCUGGAAAUAUGGCAGUAAUCAUGGAGUUUUCAAGAACAAACCUAAUUUUUUUAGGGUCCUCUCCCCUACAAAAAGAAGAGGAGAAAAAGUUUCCUUGUAUACCUAAAACAAUGAUUGUUAUUCAGAUAUAACUUUAAGUUAAAAAAAAAAAAUGUGGUGUUAAAGUAGAUGUAUUCCUUUAGCAUUACCUUAAAGGUUAGAAAAAAGGGAUAAGUCUUCAGAAAAGUGUCAUAUAACAUUUUCACCUUUAAACUUGAACCCCAGUUCAUCUUUAGCUUUUGUUGUACUUUUUUUUAAGGCUUCUUUAUUUUUGAUACAGAGAAUGCAGUUGAACUUGAUCUAAACAAAGUCAAAAUGUGAGCUUAUCAGCAAAAGACAAAAACAGAACUACAAGUUAUAAUAAUCAAAUAAUUGUACUGCACAAUUCAGUGACUGUAAAAUAUCCUAUAACAAGCAAUGUUUGUCUCCUAUUUUUUGAUACCUCUUAUAUGUCUUUUAGAAAGACAGUGCCUCUGUAUGCUUUUUGUAUUUUUACUGAGUGUAAAUAUUUGUUAUAUUUUUUGGUUAAGAGAAUGUAAAAGUACCAUUUAUUAUUAUCAUAUCUACUAAUACAUUGGUGGAAUCAAUAAAGACUCUACAUUAA